AUGUCGAGGCACCGGUUUCAGCUGCACGCCGACGACUUCACGCACUACGACGACGACUUUGGUGACUUCUCCGACGACAACCACGACUACUACGACGACGACUACGACCAGCCACAAGACUCGCAAGUCCUCUCCCUGGACGAGCAUCUCAAGUCCCUUACAGUCGGUGGGUACAGCCUUUGA